CUUGGUGCCCGGCUUCCUUCUGCAACAGGCGUGGGUCACGGGCUCGCUCGCUCUCUUUCUGCCGCCAUCUUGGUUCCGUGUUCUCCGCACAAAAUGCCCGGUGAAGCCACAGAAACCGUCCCUGCUACAGAGCAGGAGUUGCCACAGCCUCAGGCUGAGACAGCUGUGCUUCCUAUGUCUUCAGCCUUGAAUGUUACUGCUGCUCUAGGGCAGCCUGGACCUCCUGCUCCCUCCUCCCUUGCCCCCCAGCAAAGCCCUGUAGCGACUGCUCAUCAGCCUUCCCCACUCCCUUCUGCUGUUUCUUCAGCCCCCUUUGAAGUUCCUUUUGCCCAGCCCAUAACAGCUGAAACUGCUCUGCCCUCAGGAACCGCCCCUCCCACCCCAACUUUCCUGCCACAUCUGAUAGGGCCUCCCAUCUCCCCAGCUGCCUUAGCUUUGGCCUCUCCCAUGAUAGGUCCAGCUCAGAAAGGUGCCCGUUCCUCCUCGGCUCCCUUGUCUCUGGUUGCGGUGGCUCCUCACUCAGUUCAGAAGAGCUCUGUGUGUCCCCCUCACCCUCUCACCUCACCUCUAUCAGCUGCUGGAGCAGAGUCAGGGGCAUUGACAUCUAUGACAGCUUCCAUCCCUCCCUUAGAACCAAAGGCUUCUUCUACCAGUCAAGUUCCCUCUCAGGGAACCCCGAAUCUAAAAGGCACUACCCCACGUCCUCCAGAUGUAGUCAGUGCUUUUCCUUCCCACCUUGAAACCCCCCUGGCGUCAGCUCAGCUUGGUUUAACUUCCUGUCCUCAAACACUACCCAUCACUUCCCCAGUGAAAGGUGUCCCCAUUUCCUCAGCUUUAACACAAAGUCUGCUAAACCUUAACCUGAAAGGAGGACCUGUUAGUAUACCUGCUCAGAACACUGUAACUUCCAGCAUCCCCCCAGCACCCUCUGCUUCUUUUGGUCUUCCACCUCUACAUCACAGUUCUGUGGAUUCUCCUAUCCAGCCUCCAGGUCAGUCAGGUCUUGCAGUGAAUAAUACCAUUUCUGUAGAGCAUUCUAUUGCAGCCUCUUACCCAUCUCAGCCGUCUGUAGUCUCUACCGUUCUUUCCAGACAUGAGCCAGCUGCUGAUUCUGUGGCAGCUCCAUCUGUUGACAAAGGCUCCUCUGCUGUUACUAAUGAAGUUUGCAGCCCUCCUGGCUCUUCAUUGUCUCCUACAGCCUCUCUCAUUCCCAAAGGUUCUCAUGCUGCUCUGCAGCCUUUGGUGACUCAAGUUCCUGCUUCUCAAAAAACUGGCUUAAAAGAAACUCCUGCCUCCUGUAUUGGAGCCAUCUACCCUGCGCUUGAUAACCCUUCUACCAUUUCUGUAGCACCUGCCACUCAUGUGUCUCCUCCAGCUUCAUCAGGUCUUGUGAGUAGUAAAGACCCAGUUUCCCCUGUUACUUCACUUGUACCUGCUGCUCACAAGCCGUUUCCUGCUCCUCUGGUAUCAACUAGUCUAGGGGUGUCUCCUCUGCCAGCCACUGAAGGCCUUAAAAGUCUUCCCAUUUCAGUAUUGGUGAAUGUAGGAGCCCCUGUUUCUCCAGCCCAGGCAGGGCUCCCUACCAGAAAAGACACUACUCUACCACCUAUGGCACUUACAGAGUCUUCCUCUUCUCAGAGGGCAUCAUCUUUGGAGGUGCUGUCAGAAGACACUGUGGCAAGGAAGGCUGCAGGAGGACCUGCCCCUGUAGUACAGCCAGCCAUUGCUGUUGGUCAGCCUCUCAAAAGUUCUGUCGCUGCCUCAGCAGUAGCUCCAUUUCUGUCAGAACCUUGUGGUUCUAAAGGGCUGGCUCCUGGACCUGCCAAAGAGACCUUUCCUUCUACCACUUCACCCGGGGUUCCCUUAGCCUCUGAAGGCUGUCCUGUGGCUCCUUCUAUGGCUUCGUUCCCCCAGAAUGCUUCUGUUUCUGUGAGUACUUUGGCAUUGUCCCCUGAAAUUCCCAAGUCUGUACCCUUUCCUGCUUCUCCCUCAGCUGGGAUUUCUUUUUCUGGUGCAAGGAAAGUUGAUGUUGUCUCUCAUAUGGAGUCUUCGGACUCCUCUCGUGAAGGGUGCCAAGAUGCUUCUGUGUCUUCUAAAGAAACUAUGGUUUGUCUAGCUAACUCCUCAUCUUCUUUAGACACUAGUGUGUCUCCUCAGACUGAACAGCCUGCAUCCAAGAAGGGUUCUGCUCUCCCAGAUGUUUCUCCUCAAAGUGUUUCACCUCUUUGUCCACUUGAGGCUUCUUUCCUUCCAGAGGCAGGUCUGUCUUUUCAAGGCCCUAAAAGCUCACUUAAUAAGCUUUCUCCCAUUUCUCCAUCCUCCAAAGGGGCCCCUAUUCCUUCAACUGUGGCUCCUCCCUCCCCUAAAGGGGCCCCUAUUGUUCCAACAGAAACUUCUGUCUCCUCCAAAAAGGUCCCAGCAGAAAUUCUUCCUUCUCCCCAAAAGACCCCAGAAGCUACAGCUUCCAGGCUGAUCUCAGCAGUCCAGUCUCCUAAAGUGGACCCUAUUGUAUCAGAUGUGACUCCUACCUCUCCCAAAAAGAUUCCAGUAGCUGCAGUCCCCAAAGACACUUCAGCAACCCUGUCUCUUAAAAGUGUCCCAGCUGUGACGUCUCUGUCUCCCCCAAAGGCCUCUGUGGCCCCAUCUCCUAAUGAACCCUGCGUUGCUCCUACUGAGAGUCCCACCUCCCUCAAAAAUGCCCUAGCAACUGCAACCCUCAAAGAGAGUUUAGCAAAUUCAACUUCCAAAGUUGCCUCUACUGCCCCAGCUGUGACUUCUCUUUCCCCACAAAAGACUUCAAAAUCUAUAUCCCUUAAGGGUGCCCCAGCUACAACCUCUAAAAAGGGGACAGAAAUUGUAGCCUCCAAAGAAGCCUCAACAUCCCAGUUUCCUAAAGAGGUCCCUUUUCUACCACAUGUGGCUCCUGCCUCCCCACCAAAGUCCCCAAUGAGUGACACACUCAGUGGGGCUCUAACAAGCCCAUCCCCCAAAGGUGCCCCUGCCACCCUAGCUGAGAAUCCUACCUGUCCUAAAAAGUCCCCCAAAACUGCAGCCCCCAAAGAAACUCCAGCAACUCCAUCUCCUGAAGGGGUCACAGCUAUACCACUGGAGACUCCUCCUUCUCCCAAAAAGUCCCCUAAAACUGCAGCCCCCAAAGAAAGUUCACCAACCUCAUCUUCCAAAAGGACUCCUAAGGCUGCAGUUUCCAAAGAAAUUCCUUCUAAAGGAGUCACAGCUGUGCCAUUGGAGACUUCUCCACCUCUAAAAGACACCUCCAAAAGUGCAGCACCUGGUGAAAAGUCAGCCUCAUCCCCCAAAGGGUCCCUUAAAACUGUAGCCCCCAAAGAAACUCCACCUGAAGGGGUCACAGCUGUGCCUCUGGAGGUUUCUCUGCCUCUAAAAGAGGUGCCCCAAAAUGCAACCCCUAAUGAAAAUUCAGCAGCCUCAUCCCAAAAAAAGUCCCUCAAAACUGCAGGCCCCAAAGAAACUCCACCUGGAGGGGUCACAGCUGUGCCACUGGAGAUUCCUCCUUCCCCCAAAAAGGCCCCCAAAACUGCAGUCUCUAAACAGGUUCCUGUAACCCCAUCUCCCAAAGAUGCCUUUACUACCCUAGCUGAAACUCCUCCCUCUCCCAAAAAGGCACCUAAAACUGCGGCCCCCAAAGAAGCUCUGGCAACCCCAUCUGUGGGGGGUACAGCUGUAUCAGUAGAGAUUUCUCCCCCAAAAAAGACCUCAAAAACUGCAGCCCCCAAAGAAAAUUUAACAACCUCAUCCCCAAAAAGAUCCUCCAAAACUGCAACCCACAAAGAAAAUUCAACUUCAUCCCCAAAAAGGUCCCCCCAAACUGCAGUCCCCAAAAAAACUCCAACCACAUCUUCUGAGGGGGUUACAGCUAUGCCACUGGAGAUUCCUCCUUCCCCUCCUACUCCAGCCUCCAAACAGGUUCCUGUGACCCCAUCUCCCAAAGGUGCCCCUAAUAGCCUAGCUGAGAGUCCUGCCUCCCCUAAAAAGGCCCCUAAAACCGCAGCCCCCAAAGAAACCUCAACAACUCCAUCCCCCCAAAAAAUUCCCAAAGUGAUAGGUCCCAAAGAGGCUCCAGCAACUUCACCUUCCAAAAAGGCCCCAAAAAAUGCCAUCCCCAAAGAAACUUCAGCACCUUCUGAGGGGGUCACAGCCAUACCACUGGAGAUUCCUCCCUCCCCCAGAAAGUCCCCUAAAACUGCAGCCCCCAAAGAAACUCCAGCCCCGUCUCCUGAAGGGGUCACCACUGCACCAGUGCAGAUUCCUCCCUCUCCCAGGAAGGGGCCUAAGACAGCAGGCUCCAAAGAAACACCCACAACCCCAUCUCCUGAAGGGGUUACAGCUGUGCCACUAGAAAUUCCCUUAUCUUCUAAAAAGACUCCCAAAAUGGCAAGUCUCAAAGAAACACUAGUAGCCCCAUCUUCCAAAAAGCUCUCCCAAACUGCAGGCUCCAAAGAAACUCCACCUGGAGGGGUCACAGCUGUGCCACUGGAGAUUGCUCCUUCCCCCAAAAAGGCUUCCAAAACUGUAGACCCUAAACAGGUUCCUCUAACCCCAUCUCCUAAAGAUGCCCCUACUACUCUAGCUGAAAGUCCUCCCUCCCCCAAAAAGGCACCCAAAACUGCAGCCCCACCCUCUGAAAGGGUCACUGCUGCAUCACCAGAGAAGCCUGCCACCCCACAGAAGGUUUCAGCAACUGCAGCCUCCAAAGUGCCUGUCCCUGCUGAGACACAAGAAGUUGCUAUCUCCCCCAGGGAGACUCCAGUAACCCCAACUGCACCCCCAGUCAAGAAUCCUUCCUCCCAUAAAAAGACCCCAAAGACUGCAGAUCUCAAAGAAGCUCCAGCGACCCUCCCUCCCUCCCCAACAAAGAGCCCCAAAAAGGCACCAAAAACUUCAGCCUCUAAAGAGUUUCCAGCAAGCCCUUCUGUUAAAGCUGUCACCACCUCAGUGGCACAGACAGCUCCCUGUCUGCAAAAGGCCCCAUCAGCUACAGUCCCCAAGGAGAACUUAGCUGCCCCAACUCCUACAAAUGCUGCCACUACCCUAGCUGCCACUUCCCUCUCCCCAACUCCCCCAGUCAAGAUUUCUCCCUCCAAAAAGACCCCAGCUGCUGCAGCUCCUCAGACAGCUCCAAAAGAGGCCACAGCAGACCCAUCUUGUAAAAAGGCUCCAGCCACUGAGACCUCCAGUGAAACUUCAACAACUCCAUCUCUCAAAGGGGUCCCCAAGGAGACCUCAGAAACCUCAGUGUCCACAGUCAACUCUUCCCCUCCUAAAAAGGCCCCGUCCUCCAAAAGGGCCCCUACUCUCCCAGCUAAGACUCUUCUCUCUGUUGAAGAGGCCUCUGCUCUCUCAUCCACAAAAAACUCCCAUGCUUCCUCAGUACCCUCUGCUUGUAGCACAGGAGCUACAACCCCUCAGGCAUCUGAAAAGCUCCCAGCAAAGAAUGAUCCUACUGCUCUCACAGAAGUGCCUUCUGUACCUGCUCCAGAAAGUGCUUUGGUCAUCACUGCUCCCAUUCAGAAAGGCUCAAGAGCCAAGAACAAUUCUGCUUCACCUCCCAAGUGCCCAGAUCCCUCCGCUAAGAAAGACGCAAAGGGCCUCCUUUCUGCAGUAGCUCCAGCCCCUCAAACAGUCCCUGUUGAAAAAGACUCUUUAAAAACUAUAGAAGCUCUGCCUGUCUGCCCUGCAAAAGGCAGUGACCGUCUUCAUCCCCCAAAGGGUCCUGUGGAAUCUCAGGUAGCUGCUACUCUGGCAGCAUUUACCUCUGACAAAGUCCUUCCCGAAGCUGUGUCUGCAUCUGUGGCUCCAAAGCCUACCCCAGCAGUUUCCCUGACUCCUGCUCCCUCCCCAGUUCCCCCUCUGCCUCCUAAACAGCCAUUUCUUCAGUCCACACCUGGGUCAGUGCUGGAGUCACCCUCUAAGCUCCCAGUCCCUGCAGAUGAGGAUGAGCUGCCGCCUCUGAUUCCCCCGGAAGCAGUCUCUGGGGGAGUGCCUUUCCAGCCGAUCCUCGUCAACAUGCCCACCCCUAAACCUGCUGGGAUCCCUGCCCCAGCCCCCUCUGCCAAGCAGCCUAUUCUGAAGAACAACAAGGGGUCAGGAACAGAGUCUGACAGUGAUGAAUCCGUGCCGGAGCUCGAAGAACAAGAUUCCACACAGACAGCCACACAACAGGCCCAGCUGGCAGCUGCAGCUGAGAUCGACGAAGAGCCUGUUAGUAAAGCCAAGCAGAGUCGGAGUGAGAAGAAGGCGAGGAAGGCUAUGUCCAAACUGGGUCUUCGACAGGUUACAGGGGUUACAAGAGUCACUAUCCGGAAGUCUAAAAAUAUCCUCUUUGUCAUCACAAAGCCGGAUGUCUAUAAGAGCCCAGCUUCAGAUACCUACAUAGUGUUUGGGGAAGCCAAGAUUGAAGAUUUGUCUCAGCAAGCACAGUUAGCAGCUGCUGAGAAAUUCAAAGUUCAAGGUGAAGCUGUUUCAAACAUUCAAGAAAACACUCAGACUCCAACUGUCCAAGAGGAGAGUGAGGAAGAGGAGGUUGAUGAAACGGGUGUGGAAGUUAAGGACAUAGAAUUGGUCAUGUCACAAGCAAAUGUAUCAAGAGCAAAGGCUGUCCGCGCCCUGAAAAACAACAGUAACGAUAUUGUAAAUGCUAUUAUGGAAUUAACAAUGUAACUAUUUGACACCAAGGACACCCCCCUCCUCCUCUUUCCCCCCUUUUUGGUGUUUGAAAAGUGGAACUACAGCUUGGUUUAAAAUUUGUACUGUUUCUAUCACUAAUAAAAGUUGUGGCUUCUUGUUGGAUGGAC